AUGAAUCAACCAUCCUCGAUUUCCGAAAGUAGUGAACUUGUAAUAUCUAGUUUUUCUCUCAUUUUUGAAAAACAAAUUUCGAAUUUUCUUGUUGCAGCAAAACUUCUACGAACAAUAUAUCGGGGUUGGAGUUGCACACAAAGACGCGCCAAAUAGCAAGUUUCGGAAUCCCAGUAAUUGUCUUGAUAAGACAAAAUCGAAGCAUAUUUUGUUAGUCGACGGGCCAAAUAUGACAAAAGAUACUGCUGAUAUGGGAAACUUAUUAGAUGGUAUAUCAGGAUCAGGCGAGCCGGAAUCAAAAAGCGAGGAUGUAUUCGGAGAUAAUGAUAGUGCAGACAACAGUUUGAAGAUUGAUGAUGAAUUCCAAGAUGCUUCAGACAAGUCAUUUGAAAAUGACACUGUCGCAGAUUCUCAGCCAACAAUAUCGAAGGAUGAAGAACAAGAACAAAAACCAAAAGUAGAACUGAAAGAAGAAAAAGUUUUUGUGCAGAAUGUGCCAAAGAAAAAAGCGAAAUAUGAUGUAAAAGAAGAAGUAGAAGAGGAAGAAGAAGCAGAACUAGGUCUCCGCUCAAUGGAUAUCACAACCUCUACGGAAUGUUCACAAUCUUCAAUACCUUCUGCAAAACGAGCCAAAGUUGAGGAAUCUGAAGAUUUUGAGGAAAAAAUCAAGGUAGAAAAAGACAAGGAUGAGGAAAUUAUUGAUGAGGUGAGAAUUAUUGGGUUUUUUGUUUGAAUUCACGAUUUUGAAAUUUUUCCAGAAAUCAUCAAGCAUUGUCAAUGGAAGUUCGCGAAUGGUUUCAACUUCUUCGGUAAAUAAUAAUAUCCAUAGUGAAUUGAAAUCUAUUUUUUUAAUUACAGCAACUAUCUACUUCUCGACCAUCAAGAUUUGCUAAUCAAAGUCGAAGCAAUUCACCAAUUGAACACGCAAAUGUUAACCUAUCAGAAGAAUUGCAAGAAUUGCUCGAUGAAUUUGCCGCCACCAAAACGUGUUUCGAUCCGGAUUUGAGCAAGCCUCAACUAAUUGAUUGGAUAGCCGGAAAGACAGAAUAUUACAAACAUAUUUUUCCAACAGAAGUAUGGCAAAAUUGGUUUUGUUCUAGGCGUUCGGUAAUAAUUAUGAAUUUCUUGAUGACAUUUGAUUAAUAAACAUCGUAUUUCAGGAAGGAUCUCAAGAAUCUAAGCCAAGGUUAUGUCCGGAUAUCAAACGGUUAUUCGAUUGUUAUGAAAUUCACUGGUCGAAUGGAUAUCAUGCUUUAGAAGUUGGUUAAUUUGAAGUUUUGAAAAUCCAUAUAUUUCAUAUUUCAGACCCUGAUUUAUGAUAUUCAUGCUAUCAAUAUCAAACGACGAGGGCGAUUGCAUGCUCUUUAUUCAUAUUUCGAAGAACAAAAGGAUUGUGGAAAAGCCGAAGAAACUCUUGAAUUGUUUCGUUAUAUUGUCGAUCUUUCUGAACAAUCUGAUAGUUUACCGUCAAAAAUACCACGUUUGGUGAAAAACCGUCCAGGAUCAGUUACGUUUACUCGGAAGCAAUGCUCGAUUAUUUUGGCUAAUAUGUUUCUUGGAAUUUGUCCAAAACAGAACUCCUUUUUUCAGUGAGUAAUUUUAAUUUUAUUUUUCGUUAAAUCUAAUAAUUUUAUAUUUCAGCAUUUUUUCUUCGGAUAAAAAUGUAGGAUUGGAGAAAGUCAAAUUUAUAAUGACUUAUUUCGAAACUAUUCGAAACGCUGAAGAAAAUGAAUCAAAAUUGACCGAAAAAGUGACAUUCCGAAGAACUAAAUCUGAUCCGAAGUCAUCUUGGGAAUUGAAAAAUAAUGAAUCAAAAAUAAAUGAUCUUGUAUUCCACGUUUCAACAGGUUUGAAAAUUGAACAUGCUCAUGGAUGUAGUCAAAUGGAUUUCGCGAAUAAAUAUAUUGGAGGUGGAGUUCUCAACGAAGGAGCUGUUCAAGAGGAAAUUCGUUUUUUGAUGUGUCCAGAAAUGAUGAUAUCCAUGUUGUUGUGUGAAAUUAUGGAAGAUGGUGAAUCGAUUCGAAUUGUUGGAGCCAAAACUUAUAGUUCGUAUGAAGGAUAUUCAGACAAUUUGAUAUGGGUGCCAUUACAUGAGAUCGAUGCAAAAUUGAACAAUAAUCAAGAUAAGCAUGGAAGAUAUAUCAAUGAAUUGAUUGCUGUUGAUGCUAUUGAUUAUAGUUAUAGUGGCAGAAAUUAUUUAUGUCAAUUCAAUGUUUAUUCGAUUAAUCGAGAAAUUAAUAAGGUUUGUCUAUAAACAAAAAAAGAAGUGUUAUUUUGUCUAAUAUUCUGAAUAAUUUAUACCUUAUAUUUUUAUUUCAGUUGCUCGCUGGUUUCACGGCUCCUCGAUAUUGCUCAAAAAAUCCGCCAAUCACAACUGGUUGGUGGGGUUGUGGUGCAUUUCGUGGUAACAAAGAAUUGAAGGCAAUGCAACAAGUUUUGGCGGCAACAAUCACCAAAAGACCUUUGAUUUUUUGCACUUUUGAAGAUCGACGUUUGGCGAUUAAGUUGAAUAAUAUUGUUGGAAUUUUGAAGAGCAAUAAUUGUACUGCAGGUUUGUGAUGAAAAAAUGGAGGAAAAUUUCAAUCAGAAACUGACGAAAAGGGCCUGCGAGCCAUGGUAUUAAUUUGUUUGAUUAGAAAAUAUAGUUAUGACUUGGCUCAAAAAUUCCCCCCGAAAUCCAAAUGUCAAAAAAUAAUAAGUGUUUUCAUAAUAUUUCAAACUCUAAAGCUCAAUAGCAUUAUAAGUUUCAUUUGCGCUCCUAGAAAAUUAUAAUUUAUUUUUUUAUUCUUCAAAAUUUUGCAGGUAUGCUCUACGAAAUGUUGCUCUCAUAUAAAAAUUGGCAACAUUGUAAGGAGGCAUCGCUUUUCGAUUACAUUUCUGGCAUUUUCAAAAAAUAA